AUGGCGAACUUAUAUGAUAAUAUAUCCGAUUUUUGGACAUCUGAUGAAGAGGAAAAGGAAGAGUCAGAGUUCAAUCAGAAAACCCUUGGAACAGUUAGACAUGACCCGGAUAACAAAAAAAGUGCGACCCAUCCCCUAGACUUCUCAUUGGCGUUCACUAACCCCCUCGAUUCUAUAGGAUGGGUACCUGUAAUGAGUCCUACAGAUUCCAAAUAUUCACCUUUCGAUGUCCUUGACCGUGAUGAUGGCGACCAAAUCUAUGAUAUCGACGUCGACCUAUUAGAAAAACAGCUUUUUGGCGAAUCUAUGGACUAUGAUGAGGACGAGCUAGAUUUAAAUGUAACCGCCAUAACACAGGAACUUGAUUCGUCAUGUAGGAUCGAUGCUGAAGUGCCUGAAGCAUCCUACCAUGACCAGGGGGCAUUUACUGAUCCAACCCUUUUGGCCGUACACCGUAAAGGCUCCGAAGAGAUACGUGAUAAACAGGUGAUUGUAAAGAUCCGUACGAUCGACUCUCCUGAAGAUGCAGCGGAACCUGAUAUGAUAGUACCUAAGCCAGAUGAAGAAAAAAGCUAUAUUAGAACUAAGUGGUCGGUUGUAGACGAUUCGUCGACACCCGAAUUAGAUGAUCUCAUUAUAGAAUAUCCAUUUGAACUUGAUGAGUUCCAGAAACGUGCAAUUUAUCAUUUACAUAACAUGAAGCAUGUAUUCGUAGCUGCCCAUACCUCCUCUGGUAAAACUGUAGUAGCAGAGUAUGCCGUGGCUCUCGCACUUAGCAGAGGUAAAAAGGCCGUAUACACAAGUCCCAUAAAGGCACUUAGCAACCAAAAAUUUAGAGAAUUUACAAAACGCUAUGGUAACGAAACAGUGGGAAUCAUCACAGGAGAUGUUUCUUGUAACCCUGACGCACCAUGCCUUAUCGUAACCACAGAGAUAUUGCGUAAUCUCCUUUACAGGGGUGACGCGAUCAUUGGCCAGCUCGGUGUGGUUAUAUUUGAUGAGGUUCACUACAUCAAUGACUUGCAACGUGGAGUAGUUUGGGAAGAAGUUUUCAUAAUGCUACCUAAGUCCAUACAAUUGGUUAUGUUAAGUGCUACGGUACCAAAUUAUACAGAAUUUGCGGAUUGGAUCGGUGCGAUCAUGGAACGAGAGGUUAUUACCAUCGUUACUAGCAAAAGACCAGUGCCGCUGGUUCAUUUUCUAUAUAUUUACGGUCGCAUUUUUUUGCUACUGGAUAACAAAGGAUUCAACAAAGAUGCAUACCACAAAAUGUACAAGUACUCCACUCUAACCAAAAGCAGUCAUAUUAAGCGUACAACGUUUAAAGGACAAGUUCAAAAGCUGCAGAGACUUAUUAGACACUUGGAAGCUACGCAAAAUUUACCUGUCGUCUUAUUCUGUUUCAAUAGAUCCAAGUGUGAAGCAUAUGCCAAGGAAAUGCCGAACCUCAACCUCAGUUACAGCCAAGUACAGAGGUCGAAGAUACACCUCUUCCUCAAAGAAACGCUUAGUGUAAUCAGCGAGAGUGAUCGUGACCUUAUACAGGUUAAAACCAUUAUCAAGCUGUUGUAUAGAGGUAUAGGUGUUCAUCACUCAGGUCUGCUUCCACUUAUGAAAGAGAUUGUGGAGAUAUUGUUCUCCCGAGGUCUUAUCAAAGUGCUUUUUGCAACAGAGACCUUUGCCAUGGGUGUCAAUAUGCCUGCCAGGUCUGUAAUAUUUACGUCAAUCCACAAGCAUGACGGCCAAAAAACACGACACCUUACCGCGUCGGAAUAUACCCAGAUGGCAGGUAGGGCGGGAAGGAGGGGCUUGGAUUCAUUUGGCAGCGUCUACAUAUUCUGUCCUGACGAACCUCCCGAUCUGCAGGAUCUCACAACCAUGAUGUUUGAGAAAUCUACAAGAUUAGAAAGCAGAUUCAGGAUUACCUACAAUAUGUUGUUGCAAGUACAUUCUCGGGAACAUAUGAACAUAACGGAGAUGAUGCUCAAGUCCUUCAAGGAAAAUGACAAAAUGAAAAACAUACCUAUAUUUAAAAGGGACGGAAUACGCAAGCGUCAGGAACUACUUACGUUACCCAAAGUAGACUGUAUAUACGGGGAGCCAAGUAUCGAGGAAUAUCACAAGCUGGACACAUGUUCCCGGCGCAUCGCACACAGUCUCCAUGAAAGUCUGUGGAACCAUCGUGAAAAUGCUCAAAUAUUUAAAGCAGGACGUGUAUUAAUGGUACAUUCAGUUGGAUUUUGUAACACCAGCUGUUAUGCGUGUAUCAUUUCAUCAUCCAAGAGCAAAAAAUUGGAUCUAAAAGUACUAUUACUGCUUCCCGAUCUUUAUGACGAGAGUAUGGCACCAGGAGUUAUACACACGACUAUCAGCGCCCACAACCAUGCGGAAAUACGUUUUGCCAUAUGUGAAGCUAUAGACGUCUCGAACGUCUCCUUCAUAUAUAACAAUGUUGUCAACAUGAAGAACGCACAACCCAUUGUUGGAGCCGCCAAGGACCUUAGUAUAGCACUUCUGACAUCUGUCGCUUCUGAUUUACACCAAUUGGUGUAUACUGGGAAGGUUGAGCUGCUGGUUUUUAACAAGCAACUUAAGCAGACGUCGCUGCAAUUUUAUGGCGUUGUGCUCAAACAGCGUGAUAUAUACCACGAAAUGGCACGAAACCAGUGCACAAAAUGUCAUUUGAGGGACAAACACUAUUCGGUGCAAUCACGAGUUGAAUCAUGCAGGCGUGAAAUUGAGCUUAUAAGCGAGCAUCUAAAGGAGGAGUCUUUGCACGCUUACGACGAGAUGGUAGCCAAGGUGGAGGUGCUAAAGCAACUUGAUUUCCUUGACGAGCACGGGAAACCUACCGUAAAAGGUAGGAUUGCAACUUACCUCACCACUGGUGACGAAAUCACGCUGACGGAGGCCAUCACGCAAAACGUGCUCAGCGGGUUAGAGCCUGCGGAAUGCGCGGCCAUCCUCUCAGCAUUUGUAUACAACGACCGCGCACCAGAAAAGGAAGUACCUGCACCGACCCAUGCUAUUCAAAGGGCCCGAGAUAUGGUUCUCGAUCUGCAUAACAAGAUAGACGUUGUGCAGAGGGCCCUGAAUGUCAACGUCUCGCGCGAGGAGCACACCGCGCUAUGCAAUUUCUCACUAUCGUAUGUGAUUUAUCAAUGGGCUACUGGUGUUCCUUUCAGUGAGAUCAUGCAGUUUACGGAAUUACAGGAAGGUCACAUCGUCAGGGCUAUUACUCGUCUAGAUGAACUGUGUCGCAAAAUCGGUCAAGUAGCGCAUAUCAACGGAGAUGAGACACUCCAGACUACAAUAGAGAAAGUGUCAAACUCUAUCAAGCGUGGCAUUGUCUUUAUGCCGUCUCUCUAUCUAUCAUGA